GCCGGGUGAAAGGAAGCCCGGACUGGAGGGACCCCAAAGCCACUGGGUACUGCGCUCCGCCAAAUGGCUGCAAAGGAACUGCUUACUAGUGGAACUCCAUUGACUUAAAGGGAGUUACUUCUGUUUUAUACCAGUGUUUCUGAAAGGUUAUGAAUGUUCCCCCUGGUCCUCCCAUAUACGUGGCUGCACACUCAAUUGAAACAUAGUUAAAGAGGAUACUAAAUCUUGGAACACUGUUUGUGGGUUCUGGGAGGAUGGAGGAAAAGAACUACUCUUGUGUAUCCAGUCAGUCAUGGUGUCCCUUGAGCAAAGCUUUCUAGAACACUUUCCCAAGGAAAGAAGAUAAAGCAAAGUUCAAAAGGCACCAUACAACUGUUAAACCUGCAAGAGCUUAAAACUGGGCAAGAAUAAUGAAUGGAUUCAUUCAAGCAUACCCCAGCCUAAAACUAAGGCACUACAACAGGACACGUUUGACAUAUGGAGCCCCACAGCUAGAGGCCCAACAAACAGCAUGUGGACAGUAGACCUAUGUCUCUCCAUUGAAGCUCUCUGCCAAUCACAGAAAGCAUAUGUAAUGCAUUAGAAGAACUGAAUAAGAAGGUGGAUGAUACACCACAAAGCAGAUGACAAUAGGACCAGAAUGAAGAGAUAUAAAUGUCCCUUCAAGUAUCCCAUGAGACAAAAGAUCCUGAUUCUGUUUUUAACAGUGUGGCUGCUUGCACUUCUGAAACUUCUCAAUGUUGAAAGACUCUUAUUCCCUCAAAAAGGUAUUUAUUUAGUUGAGCACUUUUUAAGCACUUCUUCUUAUGUUAAAAAUAAAUACUCCUAUCUUAGAAACAACUUCCAGUAUGAAAUUAACUGUUCAUGUAUAUACGAAGAAGAACCUAGUGAAAUUGGCAAGAGUUUAGAGAUAAGAAAAAAAGACAUCAUUGAUUUAGAAGAUGAAGACGUUAUGGCUAUGACCAACGAUUGUCAGGUGUAUCGUACACUUAGAGGAUACCACCUGAAGCCUGUUUCCCUGGAGGAGGAAAGUUUCCCAUUAGCCUACUCUUUGGUUGUUCACAAAGAUGCAAUAAUGGUUGAAAGACUCAUACACACAUUAUACAGCCGUCAAAAUAUUUACUGCAUCCAUUAUGACCAAAAGUCUGCUAAUACUUUCAAAUAUGCUAUGGACAAUUUAGCUAAGUGCUUCCCCAAUAUUUUCAUUGCAUCUAAAUUGGAGACAGUGGAAUAUGCACACAUUUCUAGGCUCCAAGCAGAUUUUAAUUGUUUGUCUGAUUUGAUGAAGUCGUUCGUUCCAUGGAAAUAUGUUAUUAAUUUGUGUGGUCAAGACUUUCCUUUGAGGUCAAACUUUGAAUUGGUAUCUGAUUUGAAGAAACUCAAUGGAGGAAACAUGCUGGAGACUGUAAAGCCAAGUAGCAGCAAAAGGGAACGAUUCACAUAUCACUAUGAACUUAAGAGUGCGCCUUAUAAAUACAUGCAGAUGCCUGUAAAAACCAACAUUUCUAAAGCUCCACCACCUCAUAACAUUGAGGUUUUUGUAGGCAGCGCCUAUUUUGUUUUAAGUCGAGCAUUCAUCCAAUAUACCUUUGAAAAAUCUCUUGCUAAAGAUUUAUUUGAAUGGUCCAAGGACACUUAUUCUCCAGAUGAACAUUUCUGGGCAACCCUUGCACGUGUGCCUGGAAUACCUGGGGAGAUUUCAAGGUCAGCUCAUGAUAUAACAGACCUGCAAAGCAAGACUCGCCUCGUGAAAUGGAAUUACCUGGAGGACCACUUGUAUCCUUCUUGUACUGGUACCCAUAUUCGCAGUGUGUGCAUCUAUGGAGCUGCAGAAUUAAGGUGGCUUAUAAAUUAUGGACACUGGUUUGCCAAUAAAUUUGACUCCAAAGUGGACCCUGUUUUAAUAAAAUGCUUGGCAGAAAAACUUGCCAAACAACAGAAGGAAUGGGUUGAUUUGUCUUCCGAAAGCUCUUUCAUGCACAGAAGUUCUGCAGAUGUUUCACUAUAGCAGAACACUACACUCAGUAGUCAGUGUUAUCCAGAGUCUGACGCUCAAUUGUCUUAGGGUGUAAAAUGCUACCAAAUCAGAAUGCUCCUUCUGCACAAGUGUAAAUGAGUACACAAGGUGCAAUGGACAAUCAGAAUGCAAUGAAGAGUCAGCCCCCAGACGUGAUGUUAUAUGUUAUGCCCUUCAAGGAUCAUUGUAUAGUUCACCAAAACAACACUGUGUCCUUAAUAUUUUUCAAGGUGAUUCUUAGCUCCACUUUUGAAUGUUUUUUAGGGAGCUGUGGCACUAUUUGUGGUAAUGGAAUGCUUCAAAUUGAGCUUCCUGCUCAAUGGCUAGGAUAAUGCCUCAUGUCUGUCCUUCUUAUUCCCGUCUUCUUCUUUAAAAGAUUUGAAACAUAGGAAGGAAGAUGUCCAGGUCUGCUACCUCAGAAAAGCUGGAAGGAAAAAACCCAAAACUAAAAUGAGUCUAAAGAGAAAGUCUGAUGACCACUGAGCCAUAGGACUGAUCCUGUGAACCCUCCACUCCCAGUCAGUGGGAGAUGAUGGUGCUUAGCCAUUUGCAGGAUUGGACCCAUAACAAUGAUUUUUGCAAUGUGAAUAUGAUUGGAUGAUAGAAGAGAGAUCCUGGAACCUUGCCCACUGCAUUGGAAGUAGCAGUGUUCUCGCCUGUCUGUCUCUGUAUUUAGUUUUCCCCUCUAUUAAUUUUAUGCUUCCAUACACUUUUCUGUACCUUUGAAUUUUAUGAUGGUUGACAGAGGCAGCAUUAUACAUGGCAGUUCUUUUCAAGUCUGUACGUAUUCACUGGAAAUGACAGCUUUCAGAGCUCUACCUAACAGAAAUCAGUACCAGAAAAUGUAUUAUUCUAGUUCAGUUGCCAUCUCCUCCAUUAGAAACAUCCUCCUGCAAAACCCCAGUCAUUUGGGUCAGGGACACCAUUUUAGGAUGGCGCACUGGGUCUAUGUAGAUACAGUAGGUAACAAAUGGAGCUUUUAAUUGGCAUUCAACAGUUUGGUGUUACGUUAAAGUGCAAAAUAUUGACAAGUCCAGAAUUUGUCCUAGCCACAGGCCCAGAUCCUGAGUUGGGGCUGAGGUGCACCCAGUGCACCUCAGGAGGGGGCUGUGCAGAAGUGGCUUUAUACCACCUUUGUGCUUCCCUGGUCCUGAGCUGAUCUGUGCCAGGCCAGGCUCCCACUUCAACUUAGAACUCACUUGCUUCAAAUUGCUCUGGCUGCCAGUGGCCCUAAAGAUUAUCAUAAUAGCCAUGGAUCUUGGGGCAAGACGGAGCCCUCGCCAUCUCCCUUCUCUCAGCUAUGCCUCCUACACUGGGGGCCAGAAGAGGUGGUGGUGUGGGAGUUUCUACAGCAGCUGUUCCCCAAGUCCUACUAUGCAAGGGAAAGUCAUCUGAGCCUGGAUCUGUGACCAGAAUAACUUUGUACUGUCCCAACACGGCCCAGGAUCUGGCUCAUAGUGUUCAAUAACAGUAUUGCUCUUGUCUUUAUCUAUCCAUAAACUUCUGCAGUAAUAGCAGGCCCUGUUGUCUCAUUUACAGACGGGACCAGAACUACCCUUGAUGCGCAAUACUCAUGGAAAGUGUUUAGCUGAUUACAUAAAAUUGUGACUCAAACUGACAGGAUUGAGGACAUACUUAAUUUGAGCAAGUUAUUCAGUCUUAGCUUUAGCACAUAGGGCAGCCAUGGACUAGUCACUAGUGGUUUAAGAAUGGCACUGAGGGUCGGGAAUCAUGGGCUUUCCUCCCAAAUCUGCCACCAACUUGCCGUGUAAAGUCACUUAACUUCUGUGCCUCAAUUGCUCCACCUGUAACAUGGGAAUAAUGCUGUUUAACCACCUUUGUAAAGCACCUAGAGACCUAUGGCUGACGAAUCUAUUGUGGUUAAAAUGAUAGAUUACAACAACUUCUUCUCACCAAAACUAUUUAUGAAGUCUCUAUAAAUGCAUGGAACACAAAUUCUCUUAAUGUUCUCACAUAAAUAGGAAUAUAUUUUUAAAACUAACUGUAAUUUAGGCUGGUAGUCUGCCAUUACUCCUUUGGUGCUGUUCUGGUUUAUCUUGAUAAUAUGGUUUAUGGGGACUUUCUAGAAUGGGAAGUAUUGAUUGUAUUUACAGAGUUGUGCAUUACCAUGUUCACACUUGGGAACUCCAGAAUAUGUUGAAUUAUGCUAUAAUAUCAUGAAAGGCUGUCAGAGGGUCAAACUUAGUUCUUGUCUACACAAGACAACUUGCACCAGUUUAACUAAAAUCAGUUUAAAAAUACAUCUUAAGUUAAGCCACUACGAGUCUGUGUGAACAAGGCCUUAUAUACUUCCUAGACCAUGGAAAAUAAGAGAAUGUAGAAGUGAUACUGUCUGCUGAGUUAGGGCCCCCAUCAUGCUACACGUUAUCAUGAAAUAUUUGUUUGAAGUGAAGUACAGGGUGUGCCCAGUCACAAUGCUGCGAAUUGUAAAUAUCCUGAUGAAUAUCUGUUCUUUCUGGUGAUAUAAUCCAAAGCUCUUGUGGCAUGACGGUCUACAAAAUGUUUUCAAAUACAGUCUAUCCCCAAAAUUUAAGAUUAUUUUUCCCCCUCACUUGUAAAAUUUAACAUUGUUUAUACGUAGAUGUAUAACACACGCACAGUAUGCAUGUAUACUUGCAGUGUAGAGACCCAUGGCAUAGUUCUGCAAUAAAAUAUGAACAAAAAAUCACAAUCAAUAUGCAUCUUUGAGGUCAUCAUCUGGCCCUGCCCCUCAUCCAUCCAUCUCUCUCUCUCUGCUGGAACUUGUUUGAAAUGACUAGUAUGACCCACCUAUGUCUUUGCCAUUCAUGAGAAAUGUAGCCAUACCAAACAUAUGCUGAGAUAAGUAUAAAAUUUAGCGUGGGCAGAAACUUAGCUUACAAACAGUUAUUAAGCAGGUAUUCUACUUCAAUGGGGAAUUUUUGCUUAUUGAAGCCAGGAGCUUCCCCCACACCCUGCACAAAAGUCUUCAAUAUAAGUUCUUGUCCAUAGCAUUUUCAAAUGGAAAAUAUAUUUGCAUUAUUAGAUGGCCUCCCAUACUUCCAUCCCAUUAAAUAAAAGGUACCUGCUCAUGAUCCCCUUACACCUCUUGUGCAGAGCUCCAGUAGCACAAAGCAGGUGGAAAAGCAAUUUAUCUGGCCAGCUGGAGAUUUUCCCAGAGAAGGCAACAUGGCAGAGAUAUUACCAGCAGAAAGAGGGCAUAAACAUUGCAGAACAUUGCUGCUGUUCCUGGCUGCCAGAGUACCCUUUGCAGACAACACAACUUUGAGCAAUGCUCAAGUAGCUACUUGCACCUUCCAAGCUGUGCUGUGGCAAAAGGAUUAGUCCCUGGGAUCAAGCUAAAGAUGUUUUCAGUGGCUGGAAAUGGGGAAGGUUGACAAAAGUGGUAACUGUAUUCUAAGAAGUAUUUUUUAAGGAAGAGGAAAAAAUGACCUGUUUAGGAGACCAAGCAAACUUUCUUGGUGGAGGGCAGUACUUGCCGAGUGCCUCGUUGACUUUGUUCAGGAUUUGCCACAGAUUUCAUCAAAGGACAUUAUUGUGAAUGCCACAAUAAAGCUGAUUUGAAUGUGACAACA